UUGUAGGCGCUGUACUCCUACCACCAUUGGUAUAAUUAUAUAAUAUCGGACAUAUCACAUACGUCUACUCCUCUGCAUGAAGUAAAAGGUAACAUGGGUGACGUUAGGAGAUUGGUCAGUGAGCUUGUGACAGGAACUCCCCCUCGUCUGGUCUCGCCGCCCCCUGCGUGCCUGCCUAGAACUACUUUUUACUGACCGCUUCUGGCAGUAAUGCUUCUGACACUCAUAGAGCCUCAUGAUAUUGCUCACUUCGAAUUCGCGGCGUUUACAUAGGAUGAAGUUUUAAGCAGCGUUUUAAGACAAUCUGUAAUGGUUGCCCUCAUGUAAAUGACGUGCUGAAGUUGAACUUCUCACAUGAAACAUAAUCUACACUGACCGACAGACAGGAGAAUUUGGUAAACUGUAGAGGGGCAGCAACCAUGGUGCAGAAGUACCAGUCCCCAGUGAGGGUCUACAAGUACCCCUUUGAACUGGUCAUGGCGGCAUACGUGCGGCGGUUCCCGAGCUGCCCUCUCAUCCCCAUGUUUGUGUGUGGUGAGGUGGUCAGGGAGGAGGAGAGCGAUGACGGCGCCACACACCGCGUGGAGAGACGCUGCACUGUGGACGUGGACGCUCCACGCCUGCUCAAGAGGAUUGCAGGUGUAGACUACCUGUACUUCGUUCAGAAGAACACUCUGGACAGGAGACAGAGGACCCUGCACAUCGAUGCACACAACGAGACCUUCUCCAAUAGAGUUAUUGUGCAGGAGCACUGCAGCUACACGGUCCACCCAGAAAAUGAAGAGUGGACGUGUUUUGAGCAGUCGGCGAGUCUGGACAUCAAGUCGUUCUUUGGCUUUGAGAACACAGCUGAGAAGAUCGCCAUGAAGCAGUACGCCAGCAGCAUCAGCAAGGGUAAGGAGCUUAUAGAGUAUUAUCUGAAGGAGUUGGCAGACGAGGGCAUUACCCACGUGCCCCGGUGGACCCCCCCCCUGGCCACCUCCUCGCCCCCCCAGCUGCCCGUGUCCUGUGCGCGCCCCAUACCGCCCCCUGGUGACCGCAAGGACAACCUCUCAGACACCCUGCCUGGCUCCCCAGACGAUAAACUGGAUGCUGACUACAUCAGGCGUUACCUGGGUGAGCUGACGCCACUGCAGGAGAGCUGCCUCAUCCGCCUCAGACAGGGCCUACAGGAGACUCACAAGGGCAAGAUCCCUAAGGACCAGCACGUGUUGCGCUUCCUGCGCUCGCGGGACUUUAACCUGGAGAAGGCGCGCGAGGCCCUGUGCCAGACGCUCACCUGGCGCAAACAGUUCCAGAUCGACCUGCUGCUGGACAGCUGGCGCUGCCCGCAGCUGCUGCACGACUACUACACCGGAGGCUGGCAUCACCAUGACAACGACGGGCGUCCUCUCUACAUCUUACGGCUGGGGCAGAUGGACACAAAGGGAUUGGUGCGUGCACUGGGGGAGGAGACUAUACUGAGACACGUCCUGUCCAUCAAUGAAGAGGGGCUCCGGCGCUGUGAAGAAAACACCAAUGUCUUUGGCAAGCCAAUCAGCUGCUGGACGUGUCUGGUGGAUCUGGAGGGCCUGAACAUGCGUCACCUGUGGAGGCCGGGAGUGAAGGCCCUGCUGCGCAUCAUCGAGGUGGUGGAGGCCAACUACCCCGAGACGCUGGGCAGACUGCUCAUCCUGAGGGCCCCCAGAGUCUUCCCUGUGCUCUGGACACUGGUGAGCCCAUUCAUCGAUGAGAACACGCGCAGGAAGUUCCUGAUCUACGCAGGAAACGAUUUCCAGGGUCCCGGAGGCCUGCAGGAGUACAUCAGCCCACACGUCAUACCAGACUUCCUGGGGGGAGAGAGCCUGUGUGAGGUUCCUGAGGGCGGUCUCGUGCCCAAGUCUCUGUACCGGACGGCUGAGGAGCUGGAGACAGAGGAGGCCCGCAUGUGGACCGACACCAUCUACAAGAGCGCCAGUGUCCUCAAGGGGGCGCCACACGAGGUUCUGAUCAAGAUCAGUGAGCCCUCGUCGGUCAUCACCUGGGACUUCGACGUGUGUAAAGGCGACGUCGUCUUCAACAUCUUCCACUCGCGGCGCACACCCCAGGGGUCACACACACACGCACACGCCCCCCCGGGCGCCGCCGGCAACAACACACAGCUGAUCGACAGGUCGUGGGUGCUGGGUCAGGACUACAGCAAGGUGGAGACGGCACUCACCUGCAGAGAGGGGGAGAGUAUACAGGGCACUCACGUGACUCGCUGGCCUGGGUUCUACAUCCUGCAGUGGCGUUUCCAUGGCAGCGCGGCGGCGGCGUGCUCGGGGUCGAGUCUGGCGCGCGUGGACGAUAUGCUGGCCUCCCUCCAGGGGGCGCCACACCGCUGCAGGGUUCUCUACUACACAGAGGUGCUGCAGUCCCGCGACUUCAGGUACACAACUACACUACACAACUACUACACAGAGGUGCUGCAGUCCCGCGACUUCAGGGGUUCCAUGUCUAGUCUGGAAUCCAGUCACAGUGGCUUCUCCCAGUUCAGCUCCGCCACCACCUCCUCUAGCCAAUCACAGUCCAGCUCCACCCUCUCCAGGUAGUAGCAGACCAAUCAGAAGCCAAGUAGGAGGUGGAGUGACAGCCAGUCAGGACUAUGGAAGAAGCAUGAAUCAAAUGGACUGUAUAGAUAGACGGCUCACACACACACCACACACAUGCUCAUUCUUACACACACACACACACUCAAAUAGCCAAUCGUCUAGCCUAGACCAACUUUUCUGUCAACUGCCCGGUGCAUUAGUUAUAUAUUUGUAUUAAAAUGGACUCAACAUGGACAUCACCCAGCAGUCACCAAUUAAUUCUCAAAACGCUCUAAAAAGGAGUCGGCGCUUCUGACUCUUUCCUCUCUGUUGUUUUAUGUUGUCAUGCUAUAUACUGUGUGGACUUCUUUUCUUAUGCAUAAUUGGACACAUGUUUGUCCUGGACCUGGAAAGUGCACAAUGACCUCUUCUAACUGUACAUAUUAAAUCACUCUCUCUCUCACUCACACACACACACACACACACACACACACACACACAGCCAAUCUUUUAGCCUAGAUCAACUCCCGUCAACUCCCAACAUGUAUUUGUUGUACAUUAUAUUAAAAUUGUAUAUUUUUUGUGCA